ACUGCGACACCUGACAUUUGACAUCUUUAUUUACAAUUUUAAUUGUUUACCUUGAUUUUACUAGGAAUUCCUUACUUUAUUUACCAAUGUUAACCCUAACCCUGUGAGCGAUGCCUCGCGUGGACAAUGAAGCGGGCGACAGCGCGCGGGGUAGCGGGGCGCGGGUGGGCGGGGCAGGGCUCGCGCGGCACGUGGUGGGCGCGGCCGGGGAGCACCUGCACUACCACAGCGACUCGGAGACCGCGCCCAAGCACAAGCCACGCUACAUCAACCCAGCCAUCUGCGUCGAAACACUAGAAGCCUCGCAAUCCGUCACCUCACUCACAGACUCCUCCUCCUUCGAAGAAAUAACUCCUCACCCACACAGCGGCUGCAGCAGCUCAACUCCGUUCUUAACCGGUCGAGUGUCUAACGCCUCGUCUGCCAGCUCGAGACGGAAGUCGUGUUUCUUGCCCACGGAGCUGAACUUGCGUGAUGACGAGGAGACACCCCGGUACCACGAGACGGCGGAUCAGAAUACGUUUCGUUUGUCUGUCUCUUCGCUAACGACCACCGCUUCAGCCAAUGAGGAGAGAGAACUCAAUGAGCGGAAGAAAGAGGAAAAUUUCAAGGCCUGGCUUGCAAGGAAGGAGCAGGAGAAGGCCGAGCGGGCGCGCCUAGAGAAGCUCCGUCACAAGGCCGUCCCGGGGCCCAGCGCGGCGCAGCGCGAGGAGUCGUACCGGCGCUGGCUGCAGCGCAAGCACGCGCAGGCCGAGCAGCGCCGCGCUGAGGAGAUGCGGCGGUGUCGGGAAAUAGAGAGACAGAAGCUGGAGCAGCUGAAGCGCGAGCGAGAGAAGGAGGAGAAGCUCACGGAGUGGGUCAAGAAGAAAGAAGAGGAGAUGAAAGCAAUGAAGACAAAAGAGGAGCGCCGGGCAGCCCGUCUCGCCAUCGAGGAGGAGCGACGGCGAGUGCAGGGCGAGCGCGCCUACCGCGAGUGGCUGCGGACCAGCAGGCACAAGCCGCUGCCCGUGCCGCUCAACCAGGGGGAACUCAGCAUGCGAGGGUCGAUAUCACAGAUGUACAUAAAUCCCGUGCCUUGGCAGUCACCGAUAUGAACCUGACCUUUCGAUCAUACGAGGAAAAUUGAACCUUCGGGUUUCAUGAACAAGUGCCUUUAUCGAAUUGCUUUCUGAAUUGUUGGAAACAAUGUCUUAUUAGGUGACACCUAAUUUCAUCACUAUAUUAGUAUUUUUAUAGUGUCUAGUUUGGUGAAAGUAUUUAGAGUAGUUUUCGAUUUUUAGAUGUCCUUAGUUAAUGGUUUUUUCACGAGUUUAAAAUAAUACGAAAUUUUAUACGUA